CCAGCUCAAUACAAGUGGUUCAACUCAGGGUACUUUAGUUCAGGUCCCUAAUUCAGGAGCCACAGGUCUUCAGAACACACUAUACAAUGGCAUCCCGAUUGGACCACGCAUUCUGACAGGUAUGGGUAAUCCUUCCCAGUUCUCAUGGUCUGCACCAUUAGAUUCUCACCUUAAUGAGGCAACUAAACAAAAGAUCAUUAGUGAAGAAUAUAUAGAUUUCAAAACCUUAUUGCCAGCCUCAGUCAAGAAAAAGAAAAAGAAGCCAGCUUUUCAAUUCGAACAGAAACAACAAGAUGACGGCGAGUCUAUGCUCAUCAUAGCGCCAGAGAAAGAUGAUCAAGAUCUCUCUUAUAAAGAAUGGCAACAGGCCUUCAAUAUCUUCUGUACAACUUACAUAAGACAACAUAGUCACGAGGCCGCAAACUUGAUUAAAUAUGGUGACAAGAUUAGGGAGCUCUCUAAUAAUCCCGAGAGCAACUGGAGAUACUAUGACGAAAGAUUCAGGGAGAAUAAGAAACAUGGACUUCAAUGGCAUACAUGGUAUAACGAUUUCAUGCUUGAGGCGACAUGGGUACACAGAGUGCCUAGACAAGUUCAAGGGAAGUGGAAACCCAAUGGCAAAGGUCAGAAUGGAAAGAACAAUUCUUUUCGUGCCAUUUGCAAUCAAUGGAAUUCAGGGAAGUUCUGUCCUCACUCUACAUGCCCAAGAUCCCACAUUUGCUCAAACUGCAAGGGCGACCACAGGGUUACAGAUUGCAACAAUAAGAAAGAGGAAAAUGGAUGGGGAAAUCGUAGCAAGUUUGACAACAAAAGGAAAAACAAGACCCAUCCUUUCAAACGAAAUUGACAUGACAUCAAAUCCAAUAAAAACUUUUAUCGACGAAAAUAAAAUUUCGCCUUAUCCCGACUGUUUUGUACAAGACACUCCAGUGAAUCCUUUAGUCCUUUUCGAUAUUCUUGAAGGCUACGAUACAGACAUUCGUAAUUUCCUAUUUGAAGGUUUCUCCAACGGUUUUGCCAUUCCCUACUUUGGGGAUCUCCCUUGUUCUUCAAGUAAAAAUCUAGCAAUCCCAAAAGACAACCCUGAAGCUCUUCAUAACAAAUUACAAUCCGAAAUCGAUCUUGGUCACAUUGCAGGUCCUUUCACAAGCCCACCCUUUAAGAACUUGGUAAUUUCCCCCAUAGGGGUAGUUCCGAAGAAAACGGUGGGAAAGUUUCGCUUCAUUCAUCAUCUGUCUCACCCAGAAGGUUUUUCGGUAAAUGACGGUAUUGACGAAAAAUAUGCAACAGUCAAAUAUGGUUCAGUUGAUGAAGCUAUCGAGCUAGUUC